AUGGACAGCGUCACCUUCGACAUCAACGAUGCGCUCAAGCAUUACAUGGACGAUCCCGCCAAUAUCCCGACGCCCGAGGCUGACGGAACCCUGGUCGACUGCGAAAACGAGCCCGAGGCUCUUGCCGACAAUGCCGUCAUCAACGGCGUCCUCAACCCCAUCGUCGACGCUGUGGCCGAGAACCCAGAUGCGAUCACACGCAGCCACAUCUUUGACUCGCUGCAGUUUCUCUUAAAGUGUGCACCCAUCUCCUCUCACCCCCUACUACCCUCCGCAAGAGACACGUCGCUGUUGGCAGCGGACACACCUACCCCUGCCAAGCGCGCGCGUCCUCUGGGUUCCGGCGCCACAGAUCGUCGUUUGAAGGACUCUGAUUCUGAGCUGUUCAAACAAUCCAGGUACACGUCUUUCCUGUCGGCGCACGCUCUGAGCAAAAUCUUUGACCUGAUUACCUCCGGCCUCGCCACCGAAGCCGAUGUCAUCCACCAUGAUCUCGAAUCGGACGAGCAAGAGCUCAUCGCGCACCACAAGCAACUGCUCGAGAUGUACGGCUUUCUCCUGCAGUGGACUAUCGCCGCCGUCGAGACCAAGGCCGCCGAGAAGUCGUCGACAACAGUGCCCACGCGGGGCCGCGGCAAGCCCAAGGGCAAGAAAGACAGCGGAAGAGACGCAACCUGGGACUCGUCGACACAGUUAGAGACGGCGCUCAGCACGAUGUGCAAAGUGCUGCGCCUGAAACUGAACAAUAUUUUCUUGACAACAUCAGAGCGUGACACCUUCAUAUCGCUGCUGACGCGCCCUGUCUACAUGGUCCUUGAGAGCGAGCAGCGCGUCAAGAGCACCAGCAUCCGGAUGCACGCUUUUAAGGUGCUCUGCGUUGCGGUCAAACACCAUGGCCACGGAUACGCCGCCCAAAUAUCCAUCGUGCAGAAUCUGACGUACUUCGAACACCUGUCGGAGCCAAUGGCCGAGUUCCUCCACAUCCUGGCGGAACAGUACGACUACCCGCAGCUGGCAGACGAGAUCCUGCGAGAGCUCAGCAACAAGGAAUUCAACAGCAACGAUACCAAGGGGCCGAAGUCUGUUUCCUCCUUCAUGAUUCGACUGUCUGAGCUCGCGCCGCGGUUGGUCAUUAAGCAGGUCACAUUGUUGGCAAAGCAACUGGACAGCGAGUCUUACACCCUCCGGUGCGCCCUGAUCGAAGUGUUCGGCAACAUGCUUGCGUACCUGAGCAAGUCAGAGGAGAGAGGAGAGAGCCACAAGACGCAGAUGAAUGCAUUCUUUGACGUGUUGGAGGAGCGCUUCCUUGAUAUCAACCCUUACUGUCGAUGCAGGACUAUCCAAGUCUACGUCAAGCUGUGCGAGCUGGACCAAAAAUUCCCAAAGCGGCGGCAGAAGGCAGCCGAGUUGGCAUGCCGUAGUCUCGAGGAUAAGAGCAGCCAUGUCAGGCGAAACGCCAUCAAGCUCCUUGGCACCCUUAUCAGGACACAUCCAUUUACCGCACUCCACGGCGCGCAGCUCGCUAAGAAGGACUGGCAGGAGCGGCUGGAAAAGGUUGACGCUGAGCUAAACGCACUUAAACCGCCGGUUGAUGCGCCUGGGCUUGAUGGCGACAAGGCCAAUACCACGGUGGAUCAGGACCUGCUGGACGAUGCCACCCAGAUCGAGCAGUCCCCGAAGAAGCAGCCGGCAGAGAUGACCGACGAGGAGAAGAUUGCCGCCAUCCGGAAGGCCCAAGAAGAGGCGGCCACCUCUGAGGCCAUCGAGAAGCUGACGCUGACGAAGCGGUACUACACCGAAGCCCUCAAGUUCAUUGACGUCCUGCACGAGGCGACCGAAACGGUGUGCCAGCUACUUGGAUCCCGCAACAAGAGCGAGGUCAUCGAGGCGAUGGACUACUUCGAGAUCGGUGACGCUUAUAAUAUCGAGAACAACAAGGUCGGCAUUCGUCGGAUGCUCAGACUCAUCUGGACGAAGGGCAACAGCGACGAGGGCAAGGGCGUGCAAACCCAUCUGAUCGAGUGCUACAAGCGUCUCUUCUUCGAAGCGCCAGACAACUUCAGCCCCAACGAUGCGGCCAACUAUAUCGCGAGGAAUAUGAUCAGUCUGACAUUUGGCGCGACACCUGCCGAGCUAACCUCCCUGGAGCAGCUAUUGAGCACCAUGAUGAAGCAAGGCAUGAUCCCCGAGCUGGUCAUCGCGAAGCUGUGGCAGGUCUAUGGUGUGCAGAAGCGAGAAAUCUCCCGGAAGCAGAGGAGGGGUGCCAUCAUCGUUCUCGGCAUGCUCGCUACUGCUAGCCCAGAGAUUGUCGUCGGUGAGAUGGAGACGAUGCUGCGUACAGGGCUCGGAUCCCACGGUCGUGCGGAUCUCCAGCUGGCCAAGUACACUUGCGUCGCCCUCCGGCGCAUCAAUCCCACGGGUCGUCAGGCCAAAGAGUCCACCGCCCCGAAGUUCGCCCGGCUGCCAAACGACCAUGCUGUGCUCGUGAGACUGGCUGCUAUCACGGAAGUGCCCACUGACAGCAAGGACUGGUAUGGUGUUGCUGAGCAGGCCAUCAAUGCUAUUUACGCUAUCUCGAAGCAUCCAGACGUGCUCUGCUCUGAGAUAAUACGGCGCAAGACGAAAGCUGUCUUCUCUCGCCCCGGCUCACGUGCGAGUUCACAACCAACUUCGCGUCCCGGUUCCCGCGACGAGGCUCAACCGGCACCGAGUCAAGUUACGGCUACCGAAGGUGCAGACGGCGACCCAACUGUCAUCGGCUCACAACCGUCGCCCACAAGCCCGACAAAAAAGCGGAACAACAAGGACAGCACCGUCGGUCUCUCCCAGCUCCUCUUCAUAGUCGGCCACGUCGCUAUCAAGCAGAUUGUGCACCUCGAACUCUGCGAGUUGGACAUCAAGCGCCGGAAUCAGGAAAAGGAGAAAACUUCUGGGGCAUCGAAGGAGCGUUCUUCUCUCGGUGUGAGCACCUCCAGCCGCCGAUCUGCCUCGAACAAGGAAAAGUCAAAGGCAGAGGAAGAGGGCGACGAGCUUGACCUCAUCGGCGGCACAACCGAGGACGAGGUCACGGACCAGAUAGCCUACAUCCGUGAGCACGAGCUGGUCACCGGGGAGACUUCGCUCCUUGCCCUCUUCGGCGGAAUGGUCAGGGAGAUCUGCGCCCGGAAUGACCUCUACCGCGACCGCAACCUGCAGCAGGCGGCUACCCUCUGUCUGGCAAAGUUCAUGUGCGUCUCAUCCGAGUACUGCGAGGCCAACCUAGGCCUGCUCAUCACCAUCAUGGAGAAGUCCACCGACGCGACAGUGCGCAGCAACGCGGUGAUCGCCCUGGGUGACAUGGCCGUGUGCUUCAACCACCUGAUCGACGAGCACAGCGACUUCCUGUACCGCCGCCUCGCGGAUCCGGACCCGUCGGUCAAGCGGACGUGUUUGAUGACGCUGACCUUCCUGAUCCUGGCCGGGCAGGUGAAAGUCAAGGGCCAGCUGGGCGAGAUGGCCAAGUGCCUGGAGGACGAGGACAAGCGGAUCGCCGACCUGGCGCGCAUGUUCUUCACCGAGCUGAGCACCAAGGACAACGCCGUGUAUAACCACUUUGUGGACAUGUUCAGCCUGUUGUCGGCGGAUCGGCGGAUCAACGAGGAGAGCUUCAGGCGGAUUGUGCGGUUCUUACUUGGGUUUGUGGAGAAGGACAAACAUGCCAAGCAACUCGCGGAGAAGCUGGCUGCCAGGCUGGCCCGGUGCGAGAAUGAGCGGCAGUGGAAUGAUGUGGCGUUUGCGCUGGGCUUGCUGCAGCACAAGAAUGAGGAUAUCGCCAAGCUGGUGUCCGAGGGGUUCAAGAUGGUACAGGCUCCUGCGUAG